AUGUCGCUGCUGUGCCGCAUCGACGACGGUCGCCCCCUUUCCGGGUGCCAUGCCAUAUCAAGGCGUUCAAUUGCAGCGGCAUCCGAGGACAACCAGGUCGUCAUUAUGCACUUCAACCAUGCCUAUGUCGUACAGACAAGGCGGCAAUACGCGGAAGUGGUAUCUAAGAUUCCGAGUGACGCUAGAUUGGACGUUAAAUUGGCCACUCGCAAUGCCUCCAAGGGCGCCCUGAAACCCAUGGACUCCACCCCCGAAGAACUGCGCAAGGAGCAGGCAUCUCACCCCUCCACCAGGUUCGUCGCCUUUGCUUGGACCCCGGCCGCCAUACCCGUGGAUGGACGGCUCACGUCGGCGCUAUGCACCGUUACCAUAAACGAACGCUUCGAAAUGUGGCUACCAAAAAGCACUCAUUCGGAGGAAAUGUACGAAGUCGAGAAAAUCUGCGACCUCUCGGAAGCGGUAGCAUCGCACCUGACAAAUAUCGCACCGCGGUUGCACAAUAAAAAGGCGCCAGCGAACGAUCAUCACUCUUCAGCCCUGUUGCACGCCGGGGUGAGCAUGUGUCACUUCGCACCUCAACACACAGUCCACGGGUUCGCCGGAUUAGUGGGAAUCGGACGCCACCUCGUUGCUUUGUGGAUUUCUACCCUACCCGUGGAGCAAACUGACGAUUGCAGUGAUGAUGGUUCAAACGGAUCUGUUUACAGCGACGGCGGCCCCCAGUAUGAGGCGGCGGACGAAAACGCGGAGGAGGCCGCUGAGAGCAAAAUUGUCCGCAUUAUCGCAGACUCCCACGUAUUCAACCAGCAGCCCGAUGAUUUAAAAAGGUUCGACAUGGUCAAUAUUAAAUGCCUGUUUCCGACGCCAAUCUCCAAAACGACCAAACGCAGAGUGGGCUGCCACGCUAUCGCAACAAUGGAAUCGGGGCAUGUGUGCUCGAUGGCGAUCGCGGUGAAUGCUGUUGAACGUCACAGACUGGUGUAUGACGUGUUCGUGGGUACAGGCGAUGGGCACAUCAGGACCAUCGAGCUGCGCAUACCCCUGGACGGGGACCGGAUACCGCAAGCCUCAGCUGGACCGUGGCGAAAUUUGGUAGCAUUUCCACACCCCCCGGAAAUGUUGCGGGUGCGCGUUUUCCACGGGAAUGACGCAGACGCGCGGCUGCUCAUAGCCCUGGUGCACAACAUGGCCGUUGUCUACAAUCUGGAGGACGGCACUCACCAAAGGCACCGCUGCGGCGGCCACCCUCUAGUGAGCUACCACACGGAGCCACUUUUCAUGCGAGGCGGCGAUCUCGCGAGUAUGGUUUUCCUGGACGCAAUGGGAACGCGAUACUUCUUCGCCCUAAGCGCCGAUAUGCGGAUGCGUGCAACCGGUAUCACUCCCGCUUCCAGGAAUGACCCAGUCACCGUGUUCCUCGACGAAACUGAUGUUGCGCACCUUCAGGUGGCCAUAGAUCGGCCGGCGUUGCAAAUACGGCGAUCCCUAAGGUCACCCAACCUGGUAGCCACCGCACUCGACAUUCUGAUGAGCGGGGGCAACCUCCUACACAUGGCGGCGCUCGUGCAGCACCACGUACACAGGAGGGAGAUGCCAACGACGGACUCAAUGUUCACCCUCAAAAACAGAAAGGGCGACUUUACCUUGGAUUCGGUAACCAUGCAGCAGUUUCUCCAGGUGGCGUCCACGUCCCCGGUGCUGCAGCUCUGGCGGGAGUUCCACGACCUGCUGCAGCACCCGCAAAAACAGCGCGUCGCGACCCUGCUCUACCUCAUCGCCUACGCCGAAGCGGGCGGCGAUGCCUCCCACCGCACCGCGGAGGUAUCGCUCCGCGAGCGGUGCCGGCCGCUGGUGCGCCGGCUCACGCGCGGCCUCACCCUCACGAACGAGGGCGUGGCCGGCCUCCAAGGGCUCGCAGAGUGCCUCUACACCAGAAAACAACUACAGAAACUAAUAAACACUAAUUAG